UUCAACAAGUAAACUUGUGAUAAAAACACUAAAUAAGCGAAUAUUUAUAAAAUAUAUAUUAAAUAAAAUAAAAUAAUCAUGCAAUUCAAACAAAGUAUAAUUUUUAUGGUGAUUGCCUGUUUGGUCAUUUUUGCAAAUGGCAGUGUUUUGCCGGAACAAGACACCAACCUAAGUCUAUUAAAGUUUAUGACGCAAUCGAAUAGUUUAAUGCAAAGAAAUCCUUCACUUUCUUUGGAAUGUUUCAAUUACUAUAUUCCAUUGAUCGAUAAGAUUGCCAAAGAAUAUGAAGCUAAUUAUGGUGCUUGUGUACAGGAAUCCGAGGAUCAACGUAGUCAAGCCGAGGAAGCUACUUUAGAGCAACGUAAUGAUUUAGCUUCUCGUGCUGAAAACUCAUGUAAAGUAUUGAGUCAAUGUAGUGAAAAUGAGUCGGCUGAAAAAGUUUUCGAAUGCUUUGUCGAAGGGGGCUCGGAAAAUGCCAAGGUUAUGUAUGGAAUCAAUGCUGAUGCCUCUGAACAUUUGUCUGCUUUGAUCGAAGAAUUCCGUUUGAUCAACAAUAGAGAAUACAAAUGUACCAAUGAAACUAAACGUCAAUAUGAAAAGGAUUCCGCUAAAGCUUAUGAAGAAUUAAACAGUUGUAUUUUGGGUCUUACUGAAGUGCCUUCACCUACUGAAGCUCCUGUAGAAACAGAAGCUCCCGAGGUAACAGAGAAACCUGUACAGACUGAAGCUCCUGCAGAAACUGAACCUCCCGUAGAGACUGAAGCUCCUGAAAAUAGACUCCCUGAAGAAGAUAUUCCUCUACUUCGUAAAAAGAUACAGUCUCGUUUCCAUAAAUAUAGAAAUUAAGAGUUAAAUAUUUUUUUUGA